AUGACUUUUCGCUGCAUCAUUCUGCUUGCAUGGCUAACACUAGCUUGGUCAACAAUCACUAUCGCCAGUCAAUCCCCGCGAGAUACGUUAAAUACAUGCAUCGCUUCAAGUUAUCAUAAAAAAGUGCCUACUCCAGAGCAAGAUUUAGUUGAGUGCAAGCCUUGGAAGGCGCGUUCAUGCUGUACUCCAGCAACCGUAAAGGAGUUAUCGUUAACUGCAAAUCAGGUGCUAUACAAUUUUAGAUGGGAUCACUGUGGCAAUUUAUCCAGCCAGUGCUAUCGUUAUAUGGUGCAGGAUUCCUGCUUUUAUGAAUGCUCACCUAACGUAGGUCCAUGGAUAGUCAAUGCAUCCUCUUCGCGUCGUAGUGAACGCUUUAUGCAUGUACCUAUUUGUGCCAGUUUUUGUGAUAACUGGUUUGCUGCAUGUGAAAAUGAUAAGACUUGUAGUGGCGAUUGGCGUUACGAUUGGAAGUGGAUCAAUCGUAGUAAUCACUGUAAAGCAAAUAACACUUGCAAAACGUUCGGUCAGAUCUUUAAAACAAGCAAAGGUUUUUGUGAGGGUUUGUGGCAUUAUUCAUUUAAGUACCAAAGCGAUGAUAAACCGUGCAUGAAGCCUUGGUUUGAGACGGCAGCCAACCCAAACAGCGAUGUAGCCAAGUACUAUCACAACAUCAAUGCCGCUCAAUCUUCAACGCUUGCUUCGUCAUACUUACUCCUGAUAAUUGGAUUUCUGGUAAUGCACCUUUCCACCAAUAAUAUGUCUACAAUGCUUUGA